AUGGACGGGAAAUCCCCCUUCGAGGUCCAUAAUGCCUUCUCUGAUAGCGCUCGACAAUCAUUCCGUUCCUACACGCACCAUUCAAGGGAUUCGGCCAGCGCUCAGCCCGGAACAAAACGCAGGUUUGAGAGUUACAAAUUGACGGCCGAAUACGAGAAGCCAUGGGUGCAUGAUGAGCGAUUGAAAAGAACCCGAAUUGGCAACUAUAUUAUCUGGGGGUUCAUUGCCCUUGGCCUUCUUGUGAGCGCAUACAUUAAUUUCCGAGCGGCGAAGGAUAUCCCAAGGGAUCAGGUCAAUGGGUUUGGAACAGGCUCCUUCGAGUGGACAACGACAGAUGCUGAAAAUGUGUUCGUCGAUUCGCAAGGAUUACACCUUGUGCCAACAUUGACGAACGAGACAACACCUAUUACAAAUGCUGAGAUAUUCAACGGAUAUACUUUAAAUCUAACCAAGGCCGGAGGUAACGGGUCUUGCACCGGUACUACUAUUACAGAGUGCUCAGUUCACUCCAACGAGACACUCGGCAUAGUGAUUCCCCCGGUGCGAUCUGCACGAUUAAACACCAGAGGCAAAAAGGGGAUUCGCUAUGGGCGUGUGGAAGUUGUUGCAAUGAUGCCAGAGGGGGAUUGGCUCUGGCCAGCUAUCUGGAUGCUACCGGUCCAGGAUAUUUACGGCGGAUGGCCUGCUUCGGGCGAAAUCGACAUUGCCGAGAGCCGAGGAAACAAUGACAGUUAUCCCAUAGGGGGAAGAAAUACCAUAUCUAGCUCUCUUCACUGGGGAAUGGUAUGGUCCGACUCUUACCUCUAUACCUAUGUUGACGAUCCGCUCUAUCGCGUCAUGACGAUCGAAUUUAAAAAAGGCACCACCAUGUGGCAACAGGGUGUCUUCCCUGCCACAUCAAGCAAUGGGACUCUUCUCUCAGAUCCGUGGUCUCAGAAUGGCCGACCUAACACUCCCUUUGACCAAGAGUUCUAUCUCAUUUUGGAUGUUGCAGUCGGCGGCACUAAUGGCUAUUUUGAAGAUGGAAUCGAUGGUUUAGGCUCAAAUGAAUGGCUGCCAACAUGGCCAACCGACAAGAAUCAGCGGGGAAUGAUAGUCCAGUCCGUCAAAAUGUGGCAGGAAGGAUCUUGCGGCUAG